AAGUAUAAUAUAGUAAUAUAGACUCUAUAUAAUAUUAUAUAUAAAAUAUAUCUACUAGCUCUAGAGUACUCAAGACACUCAUCACUCAGAUUCAGAUCUUCAUGACUUCAUCAUCUUGUCGUUACAAUGAUACUUUAAGAGUUGAGGAAAUAGAAUUUUGUCAUUUUCAACAUGGCCACUGGUGGUGACCUCUCAAUAGAUGCUUCCUUGGAUCAGGCGAAAGAAACUAGUCAAGAUUCAAGAACAGCUUCUUCAUCCACGAGGGGUCGGAGAGAUGGUGAUCAAGUCAUGUCUCGUAAUGCUGUCCAUGUAUCUGAAAACAACAGCGCAUUAAACUCAUUGAGAUCUGUUCAAACUGCUCAGCCCAUUGCACCAAGUGAUGAAUCCUUUUUACAAUAUCUUCAAUUUUUCCCAGACAGUUUGAGAGAGGACAACUUUGAUAUUCUUAUUAUUAAUGCAAAAAAAGACACCGAGGCUGCUUUGGGGUUUAAAAAGCAUCUGGAAACUGACAUUAUUGUCUAUGUGAAUAAAAAACCUCUUUGUCCAAGAGUGAAACUUUUAGAUGAAUUAACUUUUGAUUCAAGGCCAUAUGAUUUAGAUUUUGCUUUUGAAAAAACUCUUUAUGUAUUUCUUUAUGUCACUAAAGAUUUUUGUGAAUGUACCUGGACAUUACUACAAGGUCAAGCUUGCCUCACCGAGGCCAUUCGGGACCCCAAAAAACAGUGGUGUGUUAUUCCAGUUCAUACUAGAUCUAGAAAAAAUCAGAACUAUAAGCUUCCUAUGAUGUUGGGUAGCUUGAGACCAAUUAAUUACUGGGAGGCAAAAGGAGAUCAGUUCUAUACAGAGAGUGUUCGAAGACUUAUAGAAUCUAAAUUAUCUGUUCUUGUACAACGAGACGUAACACUGAGAGAGGAGAGAAAGAAAUACUUUAGUGAGAAUAAGGAAGAUAUUUUAAAACUUUAUAAUAAUGUUCAUUCUUAUUCUAGCUCUUGUGUUGAAACAGUACUCCCUUUUGUAGUACAAGAAUCUGUGCUAGACUCAGGUUUUGCUGAAUCUUUGUCUGUACAAGAGUUUGAAAAUGCAAGCAGUCAGCUUCAGAACUUGACAAUCAGUAGCCAGAAAUUAACAGACCCUCAAAAAAGUGAAGCUUCAAAACAAUGUUGUGGCACAAACGACUGUGUACCCCUGACAUUGAGUGAAAAUAACAAUGUUAGCUCCACUUCAGCAAGUUCUAAUUCUGGAAAUGUUGGAUCAGAAAGUACUGCAAACUCAUCUUCAGGAUUUGCAAACAAUGAUAUUUCAGUUGAUGGUUCUUUUUAUAAUACUAGUUGUAAGGACAACUCAGCACAGUCUUUGGAUGAAGUCACUGGGUAUAAACCUCUUCAGACACAACAAUUCAUUUCAAAUUCCCCUGUAAGCUCAUCUUCAGGAUUUAUAAGUCAAGACAUUUCAAUUGAUGGUUCCAUAAAUACUACUAGCUGUAAAAACUUAUCACCACAGGCUGCAUCUGAAAUAACCAGAUCUAAUUCUCGUCAGAUGCAGCAAUCAUUUUCAAAUUACCCACAAUUACCUGUGAAUCAACAUUUCAUUGUGGGCACUAAUGGAGUAACAUAUGCUCUGACCGCAUAUGGAUAUCAACCGAUUUGGUCAGGAAAUAAUUCUGUCAACUCAAAUUUUCCCCAGAGUUCCCAUGCCAGUAGCUCAACUGGAUCACAGUCGGAGAACACUCAGUCUAGUUCAAACUUCUCUAUGGGGCUCAACAUGUCCCAACACCCUACAAUACAACAAAUGCCAAGCUUGCCUGGUUCUGUUGGGGGCCACCCUCUAAUGUCAGCCAGCUAUCCUUAUUCUGGCUUCUACAUGUCACCAUUUUCUUCAACAUUCACUCAACCCUUAAGCCUUCCACCUUAUUCACAAGGGAGUCUGCCUCCAUAUCAAUCACCUUUUCCUUCUUUUCAAUUACCUGGACCCUGGAGUCAACUUAACCAAUCUAAUCAACAGUCAUCACCGGGUUCAAAUGAUCUAAAAGCACCCUCAAAUACCCCCAGAGUUGGAAAUGUUGAAGCAGGGGAUACAAAAAGUACCACUGAAUCUAUUUCUGACACAGUACAACACAUACAUCAUCACUACCACCAUAAGAAAGAAAUCAGGAUAGAAAAUGCCACUAAUGUAGUGAUAGGGGAUAGUUCUAAACUCAUCGCUCAAUUUGGUUCAUCAGAAGUGCCGCAGAAUUUGAAUGACACCACUGAAUCAGGCAGUCUUGAUGCUGUUGAGCAAGUCAUAAGCAAUGAUACUAUUCCAAGCUCACCAGAUGAGCGUUCACAAUUAGGUCACAGUGUUCCAUCUGCAGACUGCCAUCAUGAGUCAUCAAGUUCCCAGAAUCAACCACCAACAGAUCACCAAGGAUUUCCAGAAUGUCCUACUCCAAGCAGUAUUAGAAAUCCAGUUGAAAACUCUGAUCUUGAAAGGGUUUCUAAUUAUUCAAAUGUCUAUGAAAUGACAAAUAAAAAAACAACUUAAUUUUUGUUUUAAAUCUAAUAGCAAAAAAUUAGAGACAUCAAGAAAAAAAUAUUAUAAACCGUUAAGUUUAUCUUUUAUGCAAUACAAAAUAAUGCAUUCCCUCAAACAUAAGCGUGUGUACUUAUGACUAAACUUUGAAAACAAAUGCACUAAUGUUUAAAAGCUGAUAAAAGUGUAUUGCAGGCUAUGUAUGACUUGCCAGGAAAGGUUAAGGCCAGUAGAUAUUUGACUUUCAGUUGGUUUUUUUAGCUUGUUCUAUCUUUUUGAAAGAAUUGUACUUUUGUUCCAAAAUGUUUAAUGUAACAUUUGUAUACAAGUCUAUUUAUCAUGGAAAAUUUUUAUUUAAGUAAUUGCUGUUACUAUUUUUAAAAAGUUAAUGUACUAUAGUAAUUUUAUUACAUCAUGCAGUCAGUCAGUGCUUUCAUUUUCACUACUUUAAAUCAUAAUUGUUCAAAUACUAAUUGUUACAUUUAAUUAUAAGCUUACAUGCAUAGAGCUUCAUGUGUAUUAUCUUUUGAUGUGCCAUAAUAUGUUGUCUUAUAAAUUAUUGUACAUAGAAUUGUGUUUGCCAUACAUGAACUGAAUGUGUAUUAUUUAUAGUUGAUUUUAACUGCAAUUUUUGCUGCUUGAUUGACUUUUUUUUUUAAUACUAAUUAGAAUUUAAAAAAAAAAACGACAUGCUAACAUUGUAGUUUUCCUUCCUCUGCUGGUAAUGUGCUAUAACACUUCUAAUGAUUGACAUAUAAGUUUAGGUUAAAUCCACACAACUCCCCCUUUGUAGACACUGCGCCCAUCCUUAUGAAACCGUAAACCAUAUCUUCUUGGAAUGUCCCUUCCUAAUCCACUUUAGGCAGACCCUACUACCACUACACCCCAACAUAACCAACACCCUGUACAGCAGUGCUGAACAACUGAAGAAAACAGCACACUAUUUUUCCUUGGCACAGUCUGCAAAAGAGCUGAGAGCUCAGUAGCAAUAAAGCUGGCUAGAAGAAGUAGUUUAGGUUAAACUCCUGUCUAAUAUCUUGUCUCUUUCUCCUGCAGAAUGUUUGGCAAUAGGGCACUCAUGAUCUUAACUUAAUCCAGGACAGUGACAGAGUGAUUUCAGCAUUGGCAAGUCCAUUGACAGGGAAUAAUGUUACAAAAGUAGAUUGCUUACAUUUUGUGGAAGUCAAAUAUAAUCUUAUCCAUAUAUUUCUAAGUUACCACUGACUGACUCUUGAACUGUCCUACGCAAUUGAAAUUUCAAACACAUAUUCAUUUUACCUCCUAGUUACUUGCUAAGAACUGGCUUAAACAGAUUCCCAACCUGACCACCACAAUACGCUAAAAACUGCAAGCUUUCUUUCUAAGCUUUGUAUUUUAUUUUUGGUAUUUCCCUAAAAGGUAGCAGUCUAUAUAUUUAGCAUAAAAAGAAAUAGCACACAAAUUUCGUAUUUUUAAAAACAAUUUUUUCCCCUAAGUCUACUUAUUUUGAAUAUGCCUUUCGUCAUUUCCACUUCCUAUUAUAUGCCAUCUAAUAAAAAAAACAAAACAAUCCUUAUAGCAUUAAAAAGAUAGCUCUAGAGUCUUUUUUUCUUAUGAUUUAAGGUUGCAAAAAAAAAAAAGGUUAAAAGUAUUCUUAGUCUAGUGUGUUUGGGAUGGGAGUCUUUAUUUUAAAUCAAGUCAAACGUCUAGUGUGUUUGGGAUGGGAGUCUUUAUUUUAAAUCAAGUCAAACGUCUAGUGUGUUUGGGAUGGGAGUCUUUAUUUUAAAAUCAAGUCAAACGUCUAGUGUGUUUGGGAUGGGGGUCUUUAUUUAAAAUCAAGUCAAACGUCUAGUGUGUUUGGGAUGGGGGUCUUUAUUUUAAAUCAAGUCAAACGUCUAGUGUGUUUGGGAUGGGAGUCUUUAUUUUAAAAUCAAGUAAAACGUCUAGUGUGUUUGGGAUGGGGGUCUUUAUUUAAAAUCAAGUCAAACGUCUAGUGUGUUUGGGAUGGGGGUCUUUAUUUAAAAUCAAGUCAAACGUCUAGUGUGUUUGGGAUAGGAGUCUUUAUUUUAAAUCAAGUCAAACGUCUAGUGUGUUUGGGAUGGGGGUCUUUAUAUUAAAUCAAGUCAAACGUCUAGUCUGUUUGGGAUGAGGGUCUUAUAAAUUAGGUCUUUAUUUUAAAUCAAGUUAUAUGUCUAUGUUGAAGACAUUAUGUAUGCAAGGUUAAAAAAUGAACACUAAUGGUCCAGAAAGAGAAGUAAAGAGAGUGGGUCAUUAAAUGUAAUUGUAAUAGAUACCUGGUACACUCAUUCACCGGACAAAGAAAAGGAGUUGUUGUUCCAGCCAUACUAAAUUAGUCUAAAGCUGGGGAACAAAUCAAUAGGGGUAGCUAGUGUGUACUGCUAAGUGCUUCAUAAUGUUUAAUUUUAAAUGAGUGAAAAGACUAUUUACACUUCUAGUUGUGCUGUACAGUAAUGUGUUAGUAUUUUAAUGUUCUGACACUGGUCAAUACAUCACAGCUGAAGACAGCAAAAAAAACUUAAGACACCUGGGCCUGGGCAUGCAACAGCUUAGUAAGCAUCAGAUGUGACAAAAUAUGUAGGGGAUUGCUGGGUUUGUGUAGACAAUACUGAACACUUAUGUUUUUUAACUUCAGUACUCAAUACUGAACACUUUUGUUUUUUAACUUCAGUACUCAAUACUGAACACUUUUGUUUUUUAACUUCAGUACUCAAUCCUGAACACUUUUUAAUCUUUUGACUCAAUACUGAAUGCUUUUUUUUUUUAACCUCUUGACUUGAAGAUUAACCCUUGUGUUAUAAUUCUAUUCAAGAAGUAUUAGUUUCAUACAAAGUAAUAUUGUAUCUGAACAAUUUUGAUUCUUUUUUCAAUCAUUUCUCUUCUGUAAUGUGAUAUUCUAUGUACGAGUUGGUGGACCUAUGCCCUAUAUAACUAGUGUUCUAUCACUUGUAUGUUUGUAGGUUUUAACUAUAUUGUUUUCCCCAAUGUUUGAAUGAAAUCAAACUGACAGAGUGUUGUGAUAUGAAUUCAUUCUAGCAUCUUUAAUUUUUUUUUGAGAAUUUGAUUUUAAGCCUUAUCUUGUGACUUUACAAAUAAACUAAUGAAGCAUACAAA